UUUCAUGGCUGACAUUGCCAGCAUUGAGAGCGACGAAGGCGCAACUAUAACCGUUUGCGCAGCUCAUCAGUAUGAGUGUUGUCCCUUUUGUUGUCUCGACUUUUUCGAUGUCAACAAUGAGGCUCGAAACGCCGUUCGGAUGAGCAAGGCAGUUCGACCUCCCUCGUCAUCUCUAGGAGACGGUCGUCUCCGAACUGGCAAGGAGGUCCGCAUGCUGGACAGGUCUGGGACGACACCACCAAACCAUUUGGACGGACGGAUAACUGGCAUCAUGAUUGAAAAAGACGAGGAGAGCGAUUUUGAGGGUCUCCUCUGCUACGUGAUCGAAUAUAAUGGUUCCGACAAGAUGACGUACCCAGUAGACUGGGUUCAUGAAGAGUGGAUGGUCAAUGCACAAGGGUAAGUACGUCCCUGCAUACAAGUAUGUCAAGAUGUUAUCCGAUGAGCAAGAUUCGGAUGAGGAGUGAAAUUCCACUUGGAGAGAAUCAACAGCAAGUAGAUGAAUCCACUGGUGAAUUAGGAAUGAUGUAAAAAUAGAUCUUUCUGCUUCCCCAUAGCAAAAUACGUAUAUACACGGUGAAUAUUCUAGCCAAUUGAUCCAGGUGCCAUCAAAAACUUAUGCUUGAUCAAUAAUCGCUCAAUUCCAUCAAGGCCUCUCACAAGCUGAUCCAUGGGAGGCCCAAAACUUAAUCGAAUGUAGUAAUGGAAAGGGCUGUCAAAAAGCUCACGUCGGCGG